CCUAUUUCCUUAAUUUCUUCCCCUUUGACUCUCUCACUCUAGCCUGCUCUCUUUUGAAAUUAACUUCUCUCUCAUCAACUAUAUAUAUAAUUCCGAUUAUUUCUUACUCUUACCUCCAUUUUCAAUUUCUUCCUCACCUGCAAUUUGAAAAGACUUUCAGUCCGUCCAUGGCCUUUGAUUUUUAAUUCUUUAUUUUUUUUUUAAAGGAGAGAAAAAGGGUUGGCUUUGUUUGGAUGUGAAAAGUUUUGAACAAAAAACUCAAAUCUUUUUUCAGUACGAGAUCGAUUAUCUAAGCAGAAGUGAUUUCGGAAACAAACAGCUCCUUGUCAUGGCGGGCAGCGAUGAAGUAAACGUCUGUGAAUCGAAGCGUGUAGUUCCCCUCAACACAUGGAUUUUAAUUUCGAAUUUCAAGCUCGCCUACAACAUGCUCCGCCGCCCCGAUGGCAGCUUCAACCGCCACCUCAACGAAUUCCUCGACCGCCGUGUUCCGGCGAACGCCGUCCCCGUCGAUGGCGUCUAUUCCUUCGACGUCGUCGACCGCGCCACCGCUCUCGUCAACAGAGUCUAUCUCCCCGCCGCCGUCGGCGGCGGCGCCGCCCCUAAAUGGGGAGGAAUCCUCAGCCUAGAUAAGCCAUUGAGCAGAACAGAAAUCGUGCCGGUGAUCGUCUUCUUCCACGGCGGAAGUUUCGUCCAUUCCUCCGCCAACAGCGCCAUCUACGACACCUUCUGCCGCCGUGUCGCCGGCGCGUGCGCCGCCGCCGUCGUUUCCGUUAACUACCGCCGGUCGCCGGAGCACCGUUACCCCUGUGCCUACGAGGACGGCUGGGCCGCCCUCAAUUGGGCCCGAACCCGGCCCUGGCUCCGUAGCGGCCCGAACUCGACUGUCCACGUGUACCUCGCCGGAGACAGCUCCGGCGGCAACAUCGCCCACCAUGUCGCCGUCCGGGCGGCGGAUGAGGGCGGCGGCGGCGACGACGUCGUCCUCGGCGCGAUCCUCCUCCACCCGUUAUUCGGCGGUCAGAAAAGAACAGAGUCGGAGAAACGGCUCGACGGAAAAUUCUUUGUAAGGGUUCAAGAUCGGGAUUGGUAUUGGCGCGCUUUUUUGCCGGAAGGCGAUGAUCGGGACCAUCCGGCGUGCAAUGUGUUCGGGCCGAGGGGCCGGGACCUCGAGGGGCUCGAUUUCCCGAGAACCCUCGUUGUUGUGGCGGGAUUGGAUUUAUUACAAGAUUGGCAAUUGGGGUAUGUCGACGGGCUUAGAAAGUCGGGGCACGACGUUCGGCUAUUAUAUCUCGAGAAAGCGACGAUCGGGUUUUAUUUUUUGCCCAACAACGAUCACUUCCAUUGCUUAAUGGACGAGAUCAAGAAUUUUAUCCGCUCUAAUGACAUGUUUACUAACGGUCGAUAUUGAUUUUAAAUUCAAUAUUAUAAAUUUAUUGUAUAUGAAAUUAUUAAGAACGUUGUUUUGACAUCCAUCGACGAUACGAAGAAUUAGAUUGAGAUAGGUUGAUUGUGUUUA